AUGGGGAAACAAAACAGCAAGCUGACCCCUGAAGUGAUGGAGGACCUGGUGAAGAGCACAGAAUUUAACGAGCACGAACUGAAGCAAUGGUACAAGGGCUUCCUGAAGGACUGUCCCACUGGUCGGCUCAACCUGGAGGAGUUCCAGCAGCUCUACGUUAAGUUUUUCCCUUAUGGUGACGCAUCCAAGUUUGCCCAGCAUGCCUUCAGGACCUUUGACAAGAACGGCGACGGCACCAUUGACUUCAGAGAGUUCAUCUGCGCGCUGUCCAUCACAUCACGAGGCAGCUUCGAGCAAAAACUCAACUGGGCCUUCAACAUGUACGAUCUGGAUGGCGACGGCAAGAUCACACGGGUGGAGAUGCUGGAGAUCAUCGAGGCGAUCUACAAGAUGGUGGGCACGGUGAUCAUGAUGAAAAUGAAUGAGGAUGGCCUGACGCCCGAGCAAAGGGUGGACAAGAUCUUCUCCAAGAUGGACAAGAACAACGACGACCAGAUCACGCUGGAGGAGUUCAAGGAGGCGGCAAAGAGUGACCCCUCCAUCGUAUUACUCCUGCAGUGUGACCUGCAGAAAUAG